CGUAUUCUCUGAACCUUGUUGUUUUCUUAUAAUAUUCUUGAUUCUUCGUCCUUAUCUCCCACUAAAAGUUUAGAAUUGAACAAUAAUUUCUUUGAAUCAAAAUUUUUAUGUGGGUUUGUCUCUUAUUAUUGAUUCAUCCAUCCAUGAAGUAGCGAGUUCCCAAAAACCCAAAGGAAUUUUUUGUUUCAUAUCUUAUUCCACAUUAACUACCGUUCUAAUGGAAUGUUAAUGAACUUUUUGUUGCAUAUUUGAUACUUACUUGUUCUAAAUUUAUAGAAAAGGGCUGCCUUUGAUUACAACACCAUCUUGAGAUGGGGUUUCUAGAUCUGUUUUCUGCUGCUUCUACUCCUAUUCUCAAAGUUCUUAUAGUUACUGCACUUGGCUCAUUUCUUGCCCUGGAUUCUAUUGAUAUCUUGGGACAAACUACAAGGAAGCAAGUCAAUAAUAUUGUGUUCUUUGUGUUCAGUCCAGCACUUGUGGGCAACAAUCUUGCUAGAACAAUCACUCUCGAAAGCAUCAUUUCUAUGUGGUUUAUGCCUGUGAAUAUUCUUAUUACAUUCAUAAUUGGGUCAGCACUUGGAUGGUUGCUUUUGAUAAUCACGAAACCACCUAAACAUCUAAAGGGCCUCAUCCUUGGUGCAUGUGCAGCUGGAAACAUGGGAAACUUGCCUUUGAUUAUAAUCCCAGCUGUAUGCAAAGAGAAAGGAAGUCCCUUUGGUGAUCCUGAUGUUUGCCAUGAGUAUGCCAUGGCUUAUGCUUCAUUAUCUUUGGCAAUUGGAGCGGUAUAUUUGUGGACUUAUGUGUACAACCUAGUACGGGUAUUCUCGGAUCAUCCUCAAGACUCUGAUAACAAUGUUGUCAAAGAGACAGAAACCAUGAAAGAGGAUUUGACUGAAACCUUGCUUCCAUCAUCUUCAUCUACUGUUAACACGAAGGGAACAUUGAAGGUGAUAUUAGAUAAAAUGAAGCAACAUUUGGGGAACUUUUCAAGACGGGUUAACUUAAAGGCGUUGUUCGCACCAUCAACCAAUGGAGCGAUUGUGGGUUUCCUUGUGGGAACAAUCGCUCCAAUGCGCAGGCUAUUAAUAGGCACCACUGCUCCUCUGCGGGUGAUACAAGAUUCUGCAUCGUUAAUAGGGGAUGCAGCAAUCCCAACCAUGACAUUGAUUUUGGGUGCUAACCUCUUGAAAGGUUUGAAAGGAUCAUCUCGUGUCUCGUUACCAAUUGUGCUAGGAAUCGUAGCAGUUCGGUUAGUUUUGUUGCCACUUUUUGGCAUUUUAAUUGUGAAAGGAGCGCUUUAUGUGGGCUUAGUGCAUGCAGAUCCUCUUUACCUAUUUGUUCUUCUCCUACAGUUUGCGCUUCCACCUGCUAUGAACAUUGGUACAAUAACACAGUUAUUUGGAGUUGGUGAGAGUGAAUGUUCAGUGAUUAUGUUGUGGGCUUAUGGUUUGGCGUCUGUGACACUGACCCUUUGGUCAAUGUUCUUCAUGUGGCUUGUGGCUUGAUUUGUUAAUUUGUCAAUCAGAACAUUUCCAAAAUUGGGAAAUACAAUGUAAAAGGAUCAAUGAUUCUUGACAUAAGUUGCAAUUCAUUUGAGCAGCACCUACGAAUUUUUUUGUCCUCAAAUUCGCAUUGCAAAAUAAUAUGCCAGUGGAAACUUGCAAACUA